AGAUCAGGGCUUCCUCCGGUUCCCGUGACCCUGUCCUGAGAAGGCAUCAUUUCUAUGCCACGAAAGCAACUACGUUGUUGAUCGCUGCCUCUAGAGACCCUCGUCUUCCUUACCUCACAGGAGAAACGAUAGUCUUUCAUCGCUGCCUCUAGAGACCAUCGUCUUUCUUACCUCUCAGGAGAAACAAUACAGUCUUUCAUCGCUGCCUCUAGAGACCAUCGUCUUCCUUACCUCUCAGGAGAAACAAUACAGUCUUUCAUCGCUGCCUCUAGAGACCAUCGUCUUUCUUACCUCACAGGAGAAACAAUACAGUCUUUCAUCGCUGUCUGUUGACCCACUAACCAUUGCCUCAUCUCCUAUUUGGAAGGGCCACCUCACUCAUUCAUCCUGGUUGCAAAGAUCCUACCAGAAAUUCCCAGAUGGGACAAUUAAUUUGUCUCAUUCCAUCUCAUUUUCACGCCGCGACGGAUCCUUUGUCAGUUUUUUGUACGUUUGAUCAUAUCGAUUACUUGAUCAACUUCUAAUCCUUCGUUAUAUUUCCUGCAACUGUUCUCCUUGCUAAAUGUGACCGUUGUGCUAAUACUUGUCACGUGGGGGAAAUUGAACGGUAUACUCUACAUUACUUUUUAACUCUUUGGUAAUAAAGAUGAAAGCGAUUAUUUCUUGUUUGCUUGUCAAUUAUUCUUGUAGAAAGUAAAGGGAUAGUAAAGAGAUACGUAGGUUUUUAUAAGAUAAAGUCAUGGCGACUGCCCUGGUGAGUGAUAUGUACACGGCGGCAGAGCAGCGCGCGGCCAGCGUCACGGCCGUCGAGGAGAGGUUCAUCAGCCAGGCAAUGGGUCGCGGCCUGUUCGCCACGCGGCAGUUCAGGGAAGAUGAUCUCAUCUUCGAAGAGACGCCGGUCGUGUCGUGCCAGUUCGUGUACAACAAGGAGUACGGCUACCGUGCGUGCGACCAGUGCCUGAGGUCUCUGGAGACCGCUGAGUGCAACGUGCGAAGGCUCUGCCAGGAGCCGCUGUUAGUGCUGCCACACCCAGAGUGUGCUGACACAGCUCUGCCAGCAGUGCUGCUCUGUCCUGGCUGUCAGGCGGAGUACUGCAGCGAGGAGUGCCGCAGGGAGGCGUGGCAGCAGCACCACCAGCUGCUGUGCUACGCGCCCUCACACAGCGACCACCCCCUGACACGCUUACUAGUAGAGUGGAAACAACAUCACUACCCACCUGAGACGCUAAGCAUCCUGCUGCUGGCACGUCUGCUGGCAGGAGUUCUUCUCAGUCCCGAUGCUGUCACCGCGAGCGCGUCUCUGGCACGGUUCUGCCACGCGUCUGUCAGCGCCAGGGACGCCGCGUCGCACAAGCUCCUCGGCCCUGAGUUCGUCCAACACAUUCAUGCCCUCAGGACCCUCAUGGCUGAGGUCUUCCCGGACCCUCGUCUUGCCGAGUGGAUGUCAGAGGAAGGCUUCAAGUCGCUGCUGGCGCUGGUGGGGAGCAACGGGCAGGGCGUGGCGAGCUCCCCCCUGGCGCGGUGGGUGACGCGGUGCGACGACCUCCCUCUCAAGGGGCAGGACCGUGACCAGCUCGACGCCUUCAUUGACAACCUCUACGAGAAACUCGACUCCACCGUUGGGACGUUCCUGAACACGGAGGGCUCAGGUUUAUACAGACUGCAGAGCCUCCUCAACCACAGCUGCCGUCCCAACGCCAUCGUCACCUUCCCCCACAACUCCCACACCCUGCAGGUGCGUGCGGUGCGGGACAUCGCCCCCGGGCAGCCGGUGUUCAUCAGUUACCUCGACGACUGCACCCUCGCCAGGAGCCGACACUCGCGCCGCAAGACCCUCAGGGAGAACUACGUGUUUGCCUGCGCCUGUGAGAGGUGCGACGACGAGACCAUCCAGCCUGACGUCACCAGUGACGAAGACAUGGAUGAUGAUGAGCAGUGACGAAGACAUGGAUGAUGAUGAGCAGUGACGAAGACAUGGAUGACGAGGAUGCUGCUCUCCAAUAAACUCUGAUUGGCUUU